AUGGUGCAAGAGUGGCAGGGAGCCUACAUGGACUACAAUCACCUCAAGAAACUACUCAAACACAUCAUUGUUAAGUCCCCACAACUCGAUCCGGGGCCUCAUCGGGCCAGCGCUAUCAUCAAGAAACGAACCCUUCACAGAGGAUCAUCGACCGGUCGACCCGACAAUGUUACUAACGAAAUAACGGAAAGCCCGAUUCAGCUGCAACCGGGCUCCGAAAACUGUUUUCAGACAAUGUUUGUGAGGGAAGGCCAAGAACUAGAGAUUUUGUUCUUUAAAACAGUUGAUGUGGAGUUUAAUAAGGUGGCCAAGUUCUAUGAGGCAAAAGUCAAAGAAGUCAAACUGAGGGCCCACAAACUGAGCGUGCAGAUGGAUGCUCUUAUUGCUUUGAGGCUCAAAGUGGAUAAUAAGCCUUCAUGGGUCACUGGACAAAAUCAAGGUGGAUUACAUAAUGAUAUGAUCCAUGAAGUCGAUCAGCCGAACAAUGAAGUUCAUUCAGAAGAUGAGACUAUUUUAAGUGAGAAAGACAAUAUUAGUGACAUUAGAGACUCUGAAAUAUUGGAGCAUGUGAAGAUCAACGUUGAUCCCGGCACACCCGUUUCGACUUUGAGAAAUCUCAUCAAGAGUACCAAAUCAAAGCCAUCAUUGAGCAAAUAUGAGCUCCAAAAAGCAGAGAAGACAUUGCAACGAGCCUUCGUCGAAUUUUACCAGCAGCUUCGGCUUCUGAAAAGCUACCAUUUCUUGAAUAUGCUUGCUUUCUCCAAGAUUAUGAAGAAGUAUGACAAGAUCACUUCAAGGAACACUUCGACGUCAUUUAUCGAGAUAGUUGGAAAGUCGUAUCUUGGAAGCUGUAAUGAGGUGAACAUGCUUGUUGAAAGACUAGAGAAGGCAUUCAUUAAGCACUUCACAGACGGUGAUCGUAGAAAAGGGAUGAAUUACUUGAGACCCACAACGAAAAAGGAGAAGCACAGUGUAUCAUUUUUCCUAGGUCUAUUCACCGGUUGUUGUGCAGCACUGAUUGGGGGUAUUAACGUGUCGAUACACGCCCGUGACCUUCUCGAUCAUGAGGGACAAGAGCAAUACAUGUCAAAUAUAUUCCCACUCUACAGCUUGUUUGUGUACAUUGUCCUACACAUGCUCAUGUAUGGAGCAAACACAUAUUUAUGGAGACGGUACCACGUGAACUAUCCCUUUAUAUUCGGGUUCAAACCAGGAACAGAGUUAGGAUUUAGAGAAGUAUUUCUAUUAGCUUCGGGACUUUCGGCACUUGGGCUGGCCGGUGUGCUUGCCAACCUUGACAUGGAGAUGGACCCCGAGACAGAGAAGUUUCAGAUGCUAACAGAGUUGGUUCCAUUAGGCCUUGUUACUGUGGUGCUUCUCAUAACCUUUUUCCCUCUGAACAUCAUUUAUCGCUCGAGCCGUUUCUUUUUCAUUCGAUGUGCAUGGCGCUGUAUAUGGGCGCCUCUUUACACGGUACGAAAAAUUAUACAAAAAUAUUACAAUGUCUUAAAUUGGCAGAUUCAAGCUAUAAGAAGUUUGCAAUUUUACGUAUGCUACUACGGGUGGGGCGACUUUCGAAGAAGAUCGAACAAGUGCCUUGAGAGCGACGUUUACAAGAUUUUUUACAUAGCUGUUGCCAUCAUUCCGUUUUCAUCCCGCCUUCUUCAGGCAAGUCUUGCAUAUAUAUUUUGUCUUCGUGUCCUGUUUGAGGAUAAAAACCCGAAACAAUUCUUCAACGGCCUGAAAUAUUUCUCGACGGUUGUUGCACUCGUGAUGAGGACAAUGUAUAGCCUGAGGAGACAAACAUAUUGGAGAGUAUUGGCUGCAUCAACCUCAGGAGUCACAACCGUAUACAACACUUAUUGGGAUAUCGUGAUAGAUUGGGGGCUUUUGCGAAGAAAUGCAAAAAACAGAUGGCUCAGAGACAACCUCCUCAUAUCGUGCAAGCCCGUCUAUUUUGUCGCCAUUGUGGUGAAUGUGUUGUUGAGGCUUGUGUGGAUGCAGUUGAUUCUUGAUUUCAAUGAAGCUCCGUUUCUGCAUAGGAACACAAUGAUUUUAAUUGUAUCAUGCCUAGAGAUACUUCGAAGGGGCAUUUGGAAUUUCUUCAGAUUGGAGAACGAGCACUUCAAUAACAUUGAGAAAUUUCGGGCAUUCAAAUCUGUCACGCUGCCUUUUUACUACCAAGAUGGGAAGAUGAUGUGA